AUGGCGAUCCCAAGUCAUGGCCCUCUGAUCCUGGGAAUAACAUGGGCAUUCACCAUAUUCAGUGGAAUUUUCCUCGGCUUCAGAUUCUACGCCAAGGUGACUCGUAGACAAGGGCUGUGGUGGGAUGACCGUGUUCUUCUCGCCUCGUGGAUUUUGCUUCUUUCACAGGCAGCUGUCACCCAAUAUGGCGUCGAGUUAGGGUAUGGAAAGCCACUCAAUGAUAUUCCAACCAAAAACUGGUCAAUCAUUGCCCUGGGGUCUACCGUUAUAUCUAUGGUAUCGAGCAUUGCCGCAGCACUUUCCAAAAUGUCAUUUGGCAUCACUUUGUUACGCCUAACGUCAGGACACCUGCGCUCCAUCGCAUGGUUCUGCGUCGUUACCCUUUUUCUCACCCUGAUCCCCAGUGUUGUGGGCCCCUGGAUACAGUGUCCGAAUAUAGAGACAACAUGGAACACGUCCAGUGCCGUUUGUUGGACUGCAGAGUCGCAAAUCGAAUACGGCAUCUUCAAUUCUGCCUGGUCAGCUUUGAUGGAUUUUGUUCUUGCGUCAUUGCCAUGGUUUCUCAUAUGGAACCUGCAGCUCAAGUCUCGCGAGAAAAUUGGAGUCGGUAUUGCGAUGAGCUUGGGAGUGCUUGCAGGUAUCUGCGCCGUUAUAAAAGGUGUAUAUGUAGUACAGCUUCGAGAAUGGGAUUUUUCUUACUAUGGCAAAGAUCUUGUGAUCUGGACUGUGGUGGAGAUUGCCACUGCUAUUGUCGGGGGAUCAAUUCCUGUCCUUCGUGUGUUCUUGAAGGAGACAAUGUGUCCGUACGCGCGAUCGGGCGCGAGGAACAAUUCCACUGUGCCACUCUCACAAUUGCGCAGAUACCAGCAUUCAACCGUCACCACAACUGUACGAAGUGUGAAAAGGGGUAAAGAGGGGAGCUGGACUGCGAUAGACGAGGAAGAACAAAACGAUGGCUCGAGUCAAAGGGGCAUUCUGGUUGAUGAAGAAAUGGGUGGAGCUAGUAGUAGUAAAGCAGCGUAUGCGGGCGACCACAUCGUGCAAACGAGCAGAGUCACUGUUAGAGUUGAGAGGGAUGUUAGCCCGUCACCUAGAAGCAGGUCUUUGCUGAACACUGAUUAG